AUGACUCAGAGAUGCGGGGAUCUAGAGGCAGAGAAGAGAGAGAGGCUCGGUAUCAGGAGGCAGAUCGGGUCAGAAACAGGUUCUACUGCAGAGCGGGUCUGCUUGGCUGGAGACAGCGCUGGAGGAAACCUCUGCAUCACCGUGUCCAUGAAGGCCCUCACGGUCGGGAUCCGGGUCCCUGACGGCAUCAUGGCUGCCUACCCCGCCACCCUGCUCACCACCGACGCCUCGCCCUCCCGCCUGCUCACACUCAUCGACCCUCUGCUGCCUUUAGGCGUUCUUGCAAAAUGCCUCAACGCCUAUGCAGGUUCAGACUUCCAGACGGUCCAGCCUGCAGAGCGAAGAGGCAGCCUGAGCGCUCUGGGCCGAGACACGGCCCUGCUGCUCAGCGACCUCACUCAGGGAGCCUCCAACUGGAUCCAGUCCUUCCUGGACCCCAGCAGAGCGUCGUUUCGGUCACACAGAGGGAUCGAUCACCGCAGGGCAUCGGCUCCCGCCGCCACCGUGACCUCUGCAGACAUCCUUCACUAUCCGGACGGCUUUGAGCCGCUGCGCUCGGAGUGCCACGCUUACGUCCUUCCAACGUCCUGCCCUGUGAUGAGGAACCCGUUCGUGUCUCCUGUGCUGGCGCCGACCAGUCUGCUGAGGGGCCUGCCCCCUGUUCACAUUGUGGCCUCGGCGCUGGACGCCUUGCUCGAUGACUCGGUGAUGUUCGCCAAGAAGCUGCGGGCGGUGGGCCAACCCGUGACCCUGACGGUGGUGGACGACCUUCCGCACGGCUUCCUCAGCCUGUCGCAGAUCUGCAAGGAGACGCAGUUCGCCUCCGACAUCUGCGCUGCACGCAUCAUGGAGGUCUUCCAGCCAGAGAGCGCCGUCGGUAAACCGUCCACUCCGACAGACACUUAGCGGCGGUUCUAACACUUUAACCCUUUACUGCACAGCUUAACUGUCUUUAACAGAUUUACCGACUAACCCUCUGAUUAGUGGAGCUUCUGGAAGCUCAGGAAAUGAUCUCUUCUUUGGGUUCUUAAUGGGUCACUGGUACCGUUUGGCAGCUCAACGCUCUGGGUUAUAAAGCUGUUCCUAAAAUGGGGCCAGGAGGGAAACCAGACAUUCCUCCUAUCAGAAACGCACUCCAACUCAUCCCAGUUCUGGUUCUGUUCUGGGGUCCGAUCCACCUCAGCUGACUUUUGGAGCAGCAGAACCAGAGCUUCAUCUUCCAGCCCAGCUUCUUCUUCCCCACCACAGAUGUUCUCAUGCCUCCUGAUGAAGCUCUGCUCCAUCCGGUCGUCUUCCUCCCCUCCUGCCAUCGAACCCGGUCUGUCUGAAGCAGAUGGAUCACAGAUGGACUUUAAUCUGCUUCGGAGCCUCAGGCUGACAGAGAGCUUCUAGUCCGAGUUCUGCUGGCAGAGGGAACUAGAAUCCAGAAAUGGGACUCCUGGUUCUGUCCGGUUCCUCUGAUGUUUCCCUCCAUGUUGAGCUCUCUCCUGGUUUACUCUCUCUCUGCAGAAACAAACAGGAAAACAAAUUCACCUGUAGAGGUUCUGAUGGCACCUUUCCUGAUGCUUCACCUUCAUCAGAACCUUCUGCCUUUUAUGUCACUUUAAUCAGGCUUAACAGGAAGCUCAUCCCAGAUGUUUCACCAUGAAUGUUUUUGGACCUCAUGUAUAACUUGAUGUUAACCAUGUUUACAGCAGUUUGUAGUCCAGAGGGUGGGGGACACAAACUGUAAAACAAUUCUAGAGUGUGCAAUAAAUCUGAACU